CCAGAAGCAGCUCGGCAAAUGGGAGGCCGAAAAUGCGAGCUAACUUGGGUUUUUGCUCGCAAUUGUCGAGCACAUCAAGGCCGUCUGUUGUGAACAGCGCAUUCUCCACUAUAAACACAUCAUACUGCAUUUACUUACGAAUACACAUAAAAUAUCACAGCGUGCUCACAAAAGGACUUCCUGUCACCGCAGCACCUUAGUUGGCUUCACUCGCAAAGCGGCUACGUAAGGCCAAACCCAAGACCACGCUAUCAAGCAUCAUAAUUAUUCGCAACUCAAGGGUCAUUCGCGACACUGCUGACGACGAUAUAAUUUGGGGAGAGCCGUGAGCGCGCUGGUUCGCGUGAGCGUGUUAGCCCCAGCAAAAUGCCUUUAUAUUUUGAGGAGGUAGCUCCUGACCCAAAGGCCAAAAAGGAGAGGGAUGCCAAACAGCAGCGGCCGGCCAUCCUCGUGGAGCGGAAAGGCCCUCCACCAGCGCCCAUGCACCUGGAGAGCCAAGUUAUACCCACGUUGAUUCGGAAGGUUGGCGACUGGAAGACGGGGCGUAUCAGCCAGGCCAUGUGUGAAGCUUACCUCGACCGCCACACGCUAGUGUUCGACCGGGAACUGCUGACCAAGUUGUUCAAGGAAGCUGACUACCAGAAGGAGGGCAGCCUGGACACGCGCGCGCUCACCAUCGCCAUUGCCGGCCGCUUCCCCAAGCGCGAGCACACGCCCGAGUGGCGGCUGCUGACGGCGCUGCUGCUGGGGCUGCCGGAGCUGGUGCUCACGACGGACGCGGAGGUGACCACGCUCCGGACGACGCACGAGCGGCCGGUGGGCGGAGGCACCUACAACAGCGGCAACUUCUGGGACAGCCCGCCGCCGCCGCUGCCGCCUGUGCGGCGACGCACCGGCAGCGGCCGCAGCACCGUGGGCAAGGUGACCGCACACGAGCCGUCGCCAGAGUGGCUGGACACGCUAAACCGCACCGCCGCCGCCGCCUCCAUGUCGGCCGGCGGCUCGCCCUCCGCCUCUAUGGCCGGCUCCUUCGCGGGCGCCGCCAGCCUCAACGCCUCCAUGCUGCGGACCGGCAGCGUGGGCGCCAUGGAUCCGGGCGGUGCCGGCGUUGUGGGCACCACCGGCGGCCUGAAGCAGACAACCCAGAUCGCCGACGAGGCUCGGCUCAACGCGGCGCUGAUGGGCGGCGCCGCCUCCACCUUCGCCACGCAACGCGAGUUCGCGGACUGGUCGCGCGGGUUAGAGGUGAUGCCGCGCCUGGCGGCGGACACGGCAGGGCCGGGGCCGGGGUCAGAGUUUGGCGGCGGCGUGCGCACCGCCACACACUUGGGCUCGCCCAAGGCGCCGGUGCGGGUGUGGGCGGCGCCGCUGCCACCGUCGGCGAUCAGUCUGCCGUCGUCGGCGCUGCGGACGUUGCGCGAGACGGUGCGCAGCACGGCCAGCACCAAACCCGACUUCGUCAAGGGCGUGAAGCCUCUGGACUCCCACGAGCUGGACCUGAAGAAGACGCUGGGCGAGCCGCUGGACGUGGGCAUGAGCCUGGCGCGCGUGGAGCCGGUGCGGGACACCAAGGUCCUCCCCAACGCCGACUAUGUGACGUGGGGCGACUACGCUGCCAACUGCCGCACGGGGCCCACGGGCUGGUACAGCAAACACCCCACCGCGCAGGCGCAGGACACGGGGGAGCACAAGUACCCCUGGUGCUGAGGGGGUGCUGGACGGCUGGCGCAGCAGCGCGCUGGCAGCCUGUGGCGUGCGUGUGCGUGCGUCUGUGUGUGGUGUGGUAAGCUGUGGUGUGGUGUGGUGAAUUGUGUGGUGCUUGACUGCUGGCGCGGCAGAAUGGCGGUGCGUGUGCAGGGGGCGGGGGGUAAUGGCGUGGCGCGGGGCUAUGUGGCCUAUGGGCCAGCAGGUGGCAAGAGCAGUGGGGCAUGGUGGAGCUAGCGGCUGGACCUACGCAAAUAACGCAAUGUGCUGCGGGCGCAGCUUGGGUGGAGUAGCAGUUCUUGAUGGCGACGACACGGGUGCGCACUGGGUGCCGUUCCGGCGUCGGUGCCGGCACAAGGUGGACACCGGAGGCGGCUGGCGGCAGGUCAAGAAUCGUAGGGGUACAGUUGCGUGGCAGGGCCAGUGUCUGGCUGAGUGCUCGUGUUGAGUUGCUUAGCCAAUCCCUGGUCGCAGUGCGUUAGCAGUGCGUGCUGACGCGGUAGCAUGUCUGAGCAUGUGCACAUUGCAGUUAAAAGGGCCAACUGGAAACACCAGUUCCUUCUAGCCAGAUGCCCGGAGUAAGCCCCCUUCCGCUCCUCUCCUGGAGAACAGCCUGGAAGAUGCAACCGCUGCACGCGGGAGCCACGGCGUCACGACAUUCACUAGCGUUACUGCGGGAUUGAGGCAAUCCCGGCAAGCAGGAGAUGGGACUUGAACUCGGAGGUUGUAAAUCUCCUGCACA